AUGGCGAAUGAAGCCUGGAGAGACUUCAGAUUCUCCCCAUCCUUCCCAGGUAACUCAGCAGAAUCCAACAGAUUACAUGUCUAUUGGAUGAAGCAACCAGCGCACCUCCCUGGUAUCCAGGGCAGCUCCAUCAAGAUCCCCUUCUCCUUCUCCUUCCCCUGGGAGUUGACAGAUGAACCACAGAUGAGGAUUCUCUGGAGAUGGAAGCACUUCCAUGGGGAAUUUAUCUACAACUCCUCCUCGGGUUUCAUACAUGAGCAUUUCAAAGACCGGUUCAUCCUGAACUGGACACAGCCUCAGACAUCCGGAGUCCUCAGAAUCCUGGACUUGAAGGAGAAGGACCAGACAGUGUACUUCUGCCGAAUUUAUCUGAACACAACAGAAGGCAUGAAGAUCUGGCAGUCGAUUGGCGGGGACUCACCUUACCAUCACCCAUGGUCUCCACUGGUCCCUGUGUUGAUCAUCUUCACACAGCUCCAACCUAAGACCAGAAUGAACACUAGGUGCCCAUUGGGUGUUCUUGAUGUCCUGAAGUCUAAGUGGAAGAUCUGUAACUCUCAUCUCUCCCCAGUUGUCAGAACCACCAUACAAACUCCCUCCAUCAUCACCUCUGCUGGCCUGGAGGACACAGAGAGCCAGAGAAAUCCUUCACUUGUGAACCUGGGAGCCAUGGUCAGGGUGGUGGUUACCACAGUUGCACUUAUAACCUCUGCCUAUGCAUUGAUGAUCUUCCUGUGCUGGGAGCAAAGGCCAGCACCCUAAAGCCAAAGCCCAGCCAGGUGGGCGCCCGUCAUCCCAGCGAGCAGGUACAAGAAGAGAAGCCACACUUUGGACAUGUGGACUCUGAUAUCCUCUCCUCAGAACCAAGGUCGUCUUGUCUACUCUGGUCCUGAGAACACAAUGGUGCUGUUCUCUGUCUGUCUGGAGAAGUAAUAACACUUUUCAAUAAAUGUCUUACU